AUGGCCUCCUCUUCCAAAACAGCCCUCCCAAAAACUGCUGCCACCAAAGACCACCGUGACUCCGCCGCUAAGCCGGUGAACACGGAACGCAACAGCCGAGUCAAUGGCCGGUCCCGUCGUAUCCGUCUGCCAGCCAAGUGUGCAGCACGUGUGUUUCAGCUGACAAGGGAGUUAGGGCACAAAACUGACGGCCAGACCAUUGAGUGGCUCCUGCGCCGCGCUGAGCCGGCGAUUAUCAGGGCUACUGGUACCGGGACGAUCCCGGCCCAUGCUACUGUCACUUAUGGCUCGAUGCGAGCGUCGGGACGCUCUGUGGCGGCGCCGUUGAGUGGAUCUGGGGUGGAGCCCCAGGGAUCUGAGCCUUCGGUUGGAUCGGGAAAUGUGGAGUACCCGGAGAGGGGGUACAUGUCGUUGUUGAUGGAUCCGAUGGAGGAAGCGGAGCUGCAGCAUCAUGAAGAGCGCUUGUGGGUUGAAAUCAGUGAUGAGGUUGAAAAUGGGAAUGUGAUAGCACAGGACUAA